CUAUAGUGUUCCCUGUUAGUGCUGACAAUACGGUAUAAGGCAUUUCCCGGUCACGUAUGGUGCUGAAAGUGAGGCGCGAAGAAGUCAAGAAAGCCUUCCGUCAUGCCUGGACUGGCUACGCAACCUACUGCAUGGGCAAUGACACACUGCAUCCCGUAACCAAUACAUGUGAUGAUGACUUCGCGGGUUGGGGUGCUACUGCAAUCGAUGCAUUGUCUACUGCGAUCAUGUUCGAGGAGGAGACGGUCGUACGCCAGAUAUUACAGUUCAUCGCCACCGUCGACUUUACAAGGCCCACGAACGGCAUGAGAAUUCAACUCUUCGAACUGACGAUUCGCCAUCUUGGCAGCAUGAUUUCAGCGCAUGAUCUUUUGAGCGGACCAUUUAGGCACAUUGCUGAAGACCAGAGUCUGCGGGACGGCUUGUAUCGCCAGAUGGUCAACCUAGGCAAUGCGUUGGAUUGCGGGUUCAACACGCCUUCUGGGAUACCUAGGAACUGGAUCGACCCAGCAAUCUGUAAGACUGAUGACGGCCUUUCGAAUGCCAUUGCAGGUAUCGGAACAUUGAUCCUGGAGUUUGAUCGGCUCUCAUCCAUUACUGGCAAUGACACGUAUGUUCGGCAUGCUAGGUUGGCCGAGCAGUUCCUGCUCUACCCUUUCCCGCAAUACAACGAGCCUUUUCCCGGCCUAAUCGGCUCCUUUCUGUCGAUAAUAGACGGCAGAAUUAUAAACUCCAAGGGGAGCUGGGGCUCCUUUUCCGAUUCUUACUACGAGUAUCUCAUCAAGGCAUAUGUAUAUGAUCGAGGCGCAUACGCGAUGUACCUUGAUCGCUGGAAGCUCGCCGUUGACUCUACUAUCCGGUAUUUAGCUUCGCAUCCAGUGGGCCAUCCAGAGUGGACCCUUUUGCCGUACUUCACAGGUCGGUAUCUGUCUAAUGCCAUGGACUCCCUUUCGUGGUUUGCCGGCGGCAACAUUAUACUAGGCGGUAUGGCGUUGAGAAACCAGACGUUGAUUGACUUUGGCCUCACCAUCGCAGACACCAGCGGAGCCAUGUACGAGAUGACGAAGACGGGACUCGGUGGUGAGUUCAUCGUGUGGACGAACGACUGCAGCCAGGGAUUCUUACACGACUUCAAUUUGACUGAGUGUAACGCGAGCAACUCCGUCCAAAUUACCAGUAACGACUUCAAAUUACGGCCGGAGGUGAUAGAGACGUGGUAUUACGCAUAUAGAGCUACCCAAGACCCGAAGUACCGAGAGUGGGCGUGGAAAGCCUUCGAAGCUAUCAACAGGGUCUGUAGGACGGAAUCUGGAUUCAGUGCUAUCAGCGACGUCGAUGCCAUUGAUGGCGGGACGCAGCUUGACCGUAUGGAGAGCUUUGUGUUGGCGGAGUUGCUGAAAUAUGUCUGGCUAAUCCACCUGGAUGAUGAUGCGCCCUUCCAUGUGCAGGAUGGUCGCAAAGGCAAGCACAAUACUUGGGUGUAUAACACGGAGGCCCACCCACUGAAGGUCAAGGGAAGGCCGGUGUAGCGAUGUUGUACACUCCACAUCUCUAACCAUGUUACUGUCCUUUCCCCGCAAUGCCUGAUGCCGAAGACUGCGCGUUUCAACCCUAGGGCUCUAUGAGCUUCGCUGAGUAAAGACACAUACGCAUCGAACAACAGUGGCGAGGUAACAUCAUCGGAAUGUACUCUCACGGUCGGACUUCGCUGUCAUUGAAACGCGCUGAUCAACGAACCUAUUGUGCUCCCGCCUGGAAUGCUGUCUCAGGAGUUGAUGAAUUGGUGAAUUCGGUGGAA